CCCAUCUCUCAUUCACUCUAUUUCAUCCAUCCAGGGUGACGCCAGUCCCUCUCACCCCGCCCCGUUCAACUCAGUCCAGUGCGUUCAUUUCAUUCCUGCUCCCAUUCCGCGCAUAUUUCGCAUCCUUGGAGAGACGCUGCGCAUUUUACGCACUCAGGCGCCCGAUCCUUCAUCAAACCAAAACCGUGAGGAGAUUCUGGAGUUGGCGGAGUGCUUCCUGAUGCUGUAGCGACUCCGAUCCGUGAAAAAGUGUGGGAAUUAAUCCAUUAAGAGGCGUAUGAAUCGAGAGUUCCUGCUGUCUGAAGUUGGAUUUGGACCAGCCUGCUGAGUUGUCUACAGUCUACCAGCAACUUUUAUUCUUAUUAUUGGUAGUUUGAUUAUUGGUAGCAUUUGGGAUUACCGUCAAAGCAGCAGUAUGGAACGCAGUAGCUGGAGUGGCAGUGAGAGCCCAGGCGACGACAUGGAACGACUAAGUGACUCAGGAGGAGAUAAGACCAUGGAUGGGGACCCUGAGGGAGUCUGGAGCCCCGACAUUGAGCAGAGCUUCCAGGAGGCCCUGGCCAUCUACCCACCUUGUGGAAGGAGGAAGAUUAUACUGUCAGAUGAAGGAAAGAUGUACGGUCGAAAUGAGCUGAUAGCCAGAUACAUCAAGCUACGAACAGGCAAGACGCGGACAAGGAAACAGGUAUCCAGUCAUAUCCAAGUUUUAGCUAGAAGAAAAUCCAGGGAGUUUCAAUCAAAACUGAAGGACCAGAAUGCCAAGGAAAAGGCAAUGCAAAGCAUCUCCUCCAUGUCCUCGGCUCAGAUUGUCUCAGCCACCGCCAUACACAGCAAACUUCUGCCUGGAAUAGUACGGGCCAGCUUCCCCAGCAAUGCACAGCUGUGGCAGGGGAUGAUUCCUGGAGGACAAUCUACCUCCAACACAGAAGAUAUUAAGCCGUUCUCUCAGCAAGCCUACUCUGUGCAGACAGCAGGGACCCCCACAAUUUCAGGCUAUGAGCCUCCCAAUGCAGCCCAAACACACAGAGAGCCAGCAUGGCAGGAUCGCUCCAUUGGCACCACCAAACUACGACUUGUAGAGUUUGCAUCUUUCCUAGAGACACAGAGGGACCAGGAGGCAUAUAACAAGCACCUGUUUGUGAACAUCAGCCAGAGCAGUCCGAGCUACAACGACCCUCUGUUGGAAUGUGUGGACAUCAGGCAAAUCUAUGACAAGUUCCCAGAGAAGAAGGGUGGCCUCAAGGAGCUGUUUGGCAAGGGCCCGCAAAACGCUUUCUACCUGAUCAAAUUCUGGGCGGAUCUGAGUUAUAAUGUGCAGGAUGACCCAGCGGCCUUCUACGGUGUCACCAGCCAAUAUGAGAGCUCGGAGAACAUGACCAUCACCUGCUCCACCAAGGUCUGCUCCUUUGGCAAGCAGGUGGUCGAGAAAGUGGAGACGGAGUAUGCAAGGUUUGAAAACGGGCGCUUCAUCUACAGAAUCAGUCGCUCUCCGAUGUGUGAAUACAUGAUCAACUUCAUCCACAAGCUCAAACACCUGCCUGAGAAAUACAUGAUGAAUAGUGUGCUGGAGAACUUCACUAUUCUGCUGGUUGUAAGCAACAGAGACACUCAGGAGACAUUGCUGUGUAUGGCGUGUGUAUUUGAGGUGUCCAACAGUGAGCACGGAGCUCAGCACCAUAUCUAUCGACUCAUCAAGGAAUAACAUACACACACUUAUACACAUGCACACAUAUAGCCUUUUUAUUGGUGAUUAAUAGUGACAUUGGAGACAAACUGUCUAAAAAAGAAAUCCUACAAAAGUGUCUUUCAGCCACACUCAACUUAGUGAGGAAGGAAAUGGCUGCUCACAAAACACCACAACAAGAAUUGGGUAAUUAUUUACCAUCGGAUAUGAUGCAGUAUGCUGCAGAAUCCUCCUCAGCAGGAGCAUCCCCACAUAUAAAUCUUAACUCCAACCUGAAUAUCUGUUGUUGAUUAGCUGUAAAAACCACAGUGAUCCAACACAUCAGAAUCGACCUGGGUGGUUUUUCCGAAAACAUCCUGACUCUGAUAUCACCUGGAGAUGUUAUGUCUCCUGCUAAUUGGUUUCUUCCCCUCUUUGUACCAGUAAAUUUGUAUUUUGCUGUUCUGUAGAUGGAAAUGAAAGUAGUACUUCUGUCAGGUGCUUUUGGGAAAGUCAACCCAGGGCCAAAAAACAAAUCUAACAAUGUCCGCCUUCAUGUGACAAACGUGUGUGUUAUCUGCAAAGAUAAAGGUCAGACCCUGUGUAUCAUGAAUAACCAGAGAAGAAAAUAACACUACUGCAUUAUCAAAUAGUACAGUAUAGAGGUGGUUUUGUACAGAUAGCGACUGCAAAUUGUGAGCUGCAAUCUUGCACAAAAAGAGGUUUUUUCCCAAAGAAAAUAAAUCAAAGUUUUACCUUUUUGUAUGUACUCUUUAAAAAAAAGAAAAAAAAGAAAAAAAGAAUAGCUUCGAAACUUUGGGAAAUUGUUUAUUGAAAGUAGCAUAUAGACUAUAUUUUAAUUCCAUGAACACUAUCUAAAAUGUACGUUAAUAAGAAAGUAUAAUUGAAUUUAAACAAUACAGGUACCUUUUGUGCAACAAGCGACUCUUCAUCAAGAUUGAAUAAAAAAAUAAGCAUGUUAAAGAUAUGAUCCUUAAAAUUUCAGUUUGGCAUGUUUUGGCCCUAAAGACAAAUACAGUACACUUCCUGUCAGUGCUUCACAAUAAAAGCCAUUACGUGUUUUGUCAGUUGAGGGCUUUUAAUAUGAAGCAGCAUCAAAAGAAAAUGUUGGGUUGGUACUGGCAGAAGCUUUGUUUGGGUUUGAUUUCAUGAACAUCUUAAGGAUUAUAAUUUUAAAUAUAAAAUAUAUUGUGGUCAAUCUAUUGGGAAGCACUGUGAAUCUUUAAAACGUCAUUCAUGGUGUAUAAGGAAAAGACACUUUUCAAACUGUUCAGGUUUUACUUACAAAUUAAACUUAGUUAAAUAUGCUUGCACCAACUGACUUAAGCUUAACAUGUCUAUACUGACAAAUGUGUUAAAGCCUGAAAUUUUAUUAUGUCCAUAUUUAAAUGGAAGAUUAUCCUGACCAGAAGCCAUGGCACCUGAUUUUCAUUUUGAGAAAAGGGGAUAAGACACAGGUCCCUUUAAUUAGUCCAGGACUUGUUUCUUCCAGUUAGAUGAUAUUAUGUCAGAAUUUUGAUGAAGUGUACUGUAGCAGGUGAUGAUUGGUGGUGUGUAUGUGUCAUGCCCAGCAGCAUGAAGUGCCUUUGGUUGGUAACAGCAGUAUACAUUUCUAAUCUGUUUCAUGAAAGUCCUGAUAAUUUGGUGUUGUAAAUGGUCUAUGGAAAGUCAUUUUAGUGAAUAUAAAUACAUAAUAAGGUAUCACAUGGUCCAGUUUUCACUGUCUGAGGGUUAAUUAUCCAAAUUCCAUAUUUAAAGGAGCUGUACUUAUAUUCUUCACUCUUUCAUGUUACUUUAUACAACAAUGAUAACCCGGACUAUGAUGGACUAUUAACCGUUUAUUAGCACAACAGCAUGUGUUCACAGCAGCAUGGCUAACACCAACAACAGGAGCUAAAGUUACCCACAAUCCAUCAGGUGUAUCACACUCAAAUCCCACAGUAGCCCAAAAUACACAGUACUCAUCAUUCGCAAACAUUACUAUAGCAGUGAAACAAACAUUUGCUUGUAAUGAUACAGUGGAGUAAUGGUGUCCUUAGCAAAAGAACGAAGUCACACUGUGUGUUAGCCAAGUCUUUAUGUUCUUUGUUUUGUGAGCUGUUCCAAUGCAUCCAGUGCAUGUUAGUGUAUGUGAAAAAACAUUGGUAUUUCACAAAUUGGGGAAUGGUAUGUGAGAGCCAUUUGAAGGCAUUCCCAGCCCGCUAAUUGUUAUCUGUUAUUCCUAGUACAGCUCCUUUUAAUGACUGUUUCAUGUUGUUAUUUGUAGACAGUAAGCAGUGAACCAUACUAAAGAAUCUUAACUUUGAUCCCACAUGAUGUGUAUGAGACAGAUUCUUGUUUACUUUAUUUAUUUUACUUUAUGACAGCAUUUACAUGUAUGUGUGACAGAUUCAUGUCGAAACUGCUUGCACACUAUAUUAGGUAUUGUCUGGUGCCGCAUUUAAAAAAAUAACUUGGACUUGUUACUACUAAAGAAGACAAAUUCUAAUUUGGGUAUCUUCACAUGCCUUCUGUAAAAUAACUGAAAAAAACUGAAUAACAAUACGGUGAACCAGCAUUCAACAAUGUAAAAUGGUAUGCUGAUUAACAGUGUCAAGAUGUGGUGUCCAGAAUACCCAGUAAUUUGCAGAGAAAACACUGCAAAUUUAUUACGUGUUUAGGGGAACUUUUACCAUUAUACCGGACCUGAAAUGAGCCGUCUUUCGUUAAAACUAGCCAGCUGUUAAAUUUUAUGGUGUUUACAAUGACUCAUAUUUUAUAAUUAGGUAGUAGAUUGUAAGAUUGAUGAUACGCCUAUCAGUCUUCUACCAUUGUGCUGAAAAAUAUAAGAUUUGCCAUUGUCUAAAACCACAAUAUUUUGACUCUAUUUGUCUAAAGACUCCUGUGGGUGUCUCUCAGGGUACAGACAUCUGUCUAACAAAAUGCAAUCUUUGGUGACUUAUUCCGUCAGGAAAACCCCUUUUCAAAAUUCCACUGCCUUCAGCUUUUUUGUAGUGGCUUGUUGUUUGCAGGCAGACUACUAGACCUUCACAGCAGAGUACUAACUUGUAACAUGUACAAGAUAACCUAACACACAGCCUCAGAGGGGCUCAUUUUGCAAUAAUGACCUUCUGUCUGGACAUUAUCAACCACAGCUUACCAAAGACAGUCAUCAUGUGACACAAAAUGCAGAGGAAAAUGAAUUUAUUACAAGCUGGAGUAACUGCGCAUCUGCCAAAAAAAUACUAGGAAAAUGACUAUCAACCUCCAAACAUAUCUAGUUCAUGGGCUACACUGUAAAACUGGACUGUAUGUAGGUACAAAAUACAAAAUAAUAAACAAAACGUAAUGGAAAUAAGUUUAAAAACUUUGUGGUUUAGAAAAGUGUGCAUUAACUCUUUUUUUGUCUUUAAAGACUUUUUAAUUUGACCUUUAUAAAAUAUGGACACGUCUUAUCAUAUUGGUUGGUAGACCACUCAGAAGCCCUGUAUGAGAAGGACACAGGAAACCGUGAUAAAAUAAUUUAGCAAAAUGCCCAAAAUGUCUGUUAAACUUUACAAGGGCUCAUCUGUAGAGCUGUACUGUUAAAUGUCUGCUCCACAAUAAGCACAUGUUGCCUAAAAGUUAUUCAAAAGGUAGUCGCAUUGCCAAACCGCUGUCUCAGUGCUGCAGUAUGGUCUUGCUACACCACCUAUCUUUCUUGGGAUAGGGGAAAAAACACUCUGGCUUGUUUGUAUUUCUUUACACCAAUCACAACCAUCCUGGGCCAACGAAGCGAAGAUGGUAGAGAUAGCAAAAGGGGAGGAACAUUACAUGCCAGAUGUCAGGCUUUCUUCUAGCAAUGUACAUCGGUUGAGCCAGACUUUUAAAAAAGAUUUCAAAGUUCGAAACUGUUAGUUUCUGAGUCAUCUUCUGUGUUGUUAGUGUUGUCUCAAAUGUGCAAGUUGGAUAUUUAUCUUUUCUGAACUACAUGUGGAACAGAAAUCCUGUCUUUAAUCAAAUCCAAAAUGGCCUUGAAUCUUUUAGCUCCGGUGCAUGUGUAGCACAUCUGAAUGUGCACUGAGGAUUUUUGAUAAGGUGCUUUAUAUAAAGGUGACAAUAACGUUUAUUACAAAUGUUGUGUAUAUCUUUGAUAUUCUAAUGUUUAUCCUAUUUUGCAAAGAAGAGAGUACAUUUAGGAAAAUCCAAGAGCUAGUAAUGUGUGUCUAUUGGUACUACACAGGGUCUGAUCUUUGCUUUGUAACUGUUUUCCCCUCAUGGCUAAAAGUAUGUUAGAUAUUUUCUAGCUUUGUAGAGACUUUGUACACAUAUGCUAUUAAGGUUAAAUAAAUGGUCAGUUCUAAACUGUG